AAUAUACAUUCACGAUUCACCAUGCCAUCGUAUUGCUCUGCAUACAAGUGUUCCAACAAUAGCGAUCAAGGCUAUGCAUUAGUCAGAUACCCGCAUGAUGAAACUUUAAAAAGAAAAUGGAUUGCUGCGGUAGGAAGAGGCAAAAAUUGGUCACCUAGCAGUUCUCAAAAACUUUGCGAGAUACAUUUUAAGCCUUCUGAAAUUGAAUUUGUUGCUGGACGCAAACGAGUAAAAUUUGAUUCAGUUCCAUCUCGUUUUUGUACGUGUUCCUCAGAGGAUCGAGAGAACUGUCAUGGAAAGUUAAAAAAAAAACAGAAAAAUAGGAAUAAUCCUUAUCAGCGUCAAACUGUUAGCAAACAUAAUGAUUGUUGCAUUGUUAUUCAACCUCCUGUAAAGAAAAAUGAAAUAUUAGCUGAUAAACAAGAGGAAUUCAUUGAAGAAUUACGCAAAGAAAAUGACAUAUUGAAACAAAUUGUUUCUUUUCUUCAAAAAGUAUUGGAAAAUAGAAAAAAAUGAUGUUGUAU